CAUCUCAAUCAAGUGAAAAUCUCCAGAUGCAGUGUUGGAGGCAAUCAUUGGAUAUAUUCAUGUUCUGGAUUGCUAAAUAGGUUGCGUAUUAUAUCAGGAAAGCAAGAAUACGGUGGUGAGAGAAAAUCCUCCAAUAUUGAUUAUGGAAUAGACUAGAAUGACCGAAUCACCCAAUUCUACUCCUAUAUAUUAUGACAAACUUUAUACCGUGACUGAACAAUGACUUCUUUGUAGCCCAUAACAAACAAGAGAAAACAUUUAGAUGCUGGAAUUCCAAGCAACACACACAAAAAGCUGGAGGAACUCAGCAGGCCAUAAAACAUCAAUAGCAGAGAGUAGAGUCGACGUACAGAUGCUGCCUGGCCUGAUGAGUUCCUCCAAUUCCAGAUUUCUUCACUCGGAUCCUGAUAUAUGCGUUCAAGAUUUAAAUUUCAGGUUAAUGCUUUGAUCUCGUUUGUAAUAGUUACAUACAUCAUUAUCUGUCUGGUUAAAGUUGGACCUGCGGUGAGAGGUUUAUUGGAAGAAAAGCCCGUGACCGAAAGCAAACCACAACUGAAGACGAGGGAACAGUAACAAGGAACCAACCGGAGGACUGAAAGCACCAACUCGAGGGAACCCUUCUGACUCGGUUAACACUGGCUCAGUCAGGAGAAAGUUUGGUCAUUGCCAGCAGGUGGGGCUUUCUUCCACUCGGACGGAAGACAAGAAGAAGACAAUCAACCAACGUCAGUCAGAGUCAGAAUGGACACAGAUCUGAACUCCGCAAUCUCCGCCUUCCUGUCAAAUUGUGAGGAUCACCACCUGCUACGGUUGACGCGAUUCUAAAUGGAGCGAUUGGAGCAGGCAAUUGAGGAGGGUGUGGAGGGAGUCAGCUUCAUGUUAAUGGGCGAGGAUCACCUCACCGGGCUAGAGUAUCAUAGCGUGACUGAGCUCGCCGAGAAGGGGAACCGAGCGGGCGCUUCCAAACUCCUCCUGGAUCUGGUGAUGGAGAAGGGCUCCGGGGCCCGGAAGGUGAUGUGGGAAUCCUUUGUGAAAUUACAUCAUCAUUUACCGAGGCUGAGCAGAAUAUUGAAUGAAAUACGGGAACGUGGUGACGGCCAGGUCGCCUACAUGGACACUGAGCGGAGUUUAUCUGAAGUGCCCAAGCAUCUGAAAGAUGUUCGAAGGAAACACAAGGAGACUCUGCGGGCACAAACUGAAACACUGAGAGUGAACACGAUCCUGAUGAGGGAGAAGGUGAAGGUUUUCCAGCUGGUUGAUCGAUACGUUGAGCUCACGGUCAUUUCUACUGUUCGAGAUCGGAGACUGGUGGAACAUGAGCUGUUAGCAAGAGGCAGAGCCCACGAAGAAUUGAGAGAGAAACAUCUCCACAGAGAGCUGGAAAAAAUCCGGAUACAUCAGUUAUUCAAGAGGAGUUUUCUUAAACAAUUUCAAAGACCUAACAUGGAAAAAAAAUCUGGGAUGUCCACAGCGGUGGCCGGCGUUCCAGGGAUCGGAAAAACAACAAUGGUACAAAAGAUUGUUUAUGACUGGGCCACAGGGAAAAUAUAUCAACAAUUCCAGUUUGUCUUCAGUUUCAAAUUCCGCGAUUUAAACACCAUUAACUGCAGAAUAAACAUGAAGGAACUGAUUCUGGAUCAGUAUCCUUACUUUGGGAAUAUUCUGAGAGAGGUCUGGAAGAACCCAGAGGGAUUGCUGUUUAUAUUUGAUGGUUUGGAUGAAUUCAAUGACAGAAUUGAUUUUGCUGACAGCCGGAGAAACACAGAACCUCAGCCCACAUGCACAGAUCCUGAAUUCAAGUGCAAGGUGUCUGACAUUGUGUACAGUUUAAUCCAGGGCAAGCUGCUCCCAGGGUGUUCAGUGCUGGUAACCACCCGCCCCACUGCGUUACAUUUAUUGGAAAAGGCUGAGAUCAGUGUCUGGGCUGAAAUCCUGGGAUUUUCUGGUGAGGAACGGAAAAAAUAUUUCAUCAGGCAUUUUGAAGAUAAAAUGGUGGCGGCAGCUGUUGUCAAACAUGUGAAGGAGAACGAGAUCCUGUGCACCAUGAGCUACAACCCCUCCUACUGCUGGAUCCUCGCUCUGGCACUGGGCCCCUUCUUCACACAAAGAGUCAGGGACCCCCAGCAAGUUCCCAAGACUAUCACCCAACUGUACUCCUACUAUAUUUACAACAUCCUGAAAAACCACGGCCGUGAGAUUGAGAACCCCCGUGAUGUGUUACUCAGGGUUGGUCAGUUGGCCUUCAGAGGAGUGUCCGGAAGGAAAAUUGUGUUUACAGAUGUAGAUUUGAUCAAGUACAAUCUGCAGCCUUCCCAGUUCCUGUCCGGGUUCCUGAUGGAGCUUUUGGAGAGACAGGAUUCUGCCCGGAGCGUGGUGUACACAUUCCCACACCUCACCAUCCAAGAGUUUGUAGCUUCAGUCGCACAAUUCCUGAAUCCACAUCCCGGGGAUAUCCUGAAAUUCCUCACUGAAGCCCACAACACAACAGAUGGGCGAUUUGAGGUAUUCCUCCGUUUUCUUGCUGGUCUCACCUCCCCAAUGACAGCUCGGGGCCUCGAGGAGUUUCUGGGUCCAUUUCCCAAUGAAACAACCUGCCGGGUGAUUGACUGGGUGAAGGAGGAGGUUAAACGUCAGAUUGGAAACACAUGGAGUGAUGCUGGUAAAAGGAGCUUUCUGAACUCAUUGCACUACCUGUUUGAGUCUCAGAAUAGUGGACUGGCUCAGGCCGCACUGGGAUCUGUGGAAACACUUUCAUUCAGUGGAAUGACACUGACCCCGAUUGACUGUGCAGUCCUGUCUCAUGUCAUCAGACUCUGUGAUACAAUAAAACACCUCGACCUUGAGAACUGCCUCAUUCAUUGCGAAGGAAUCCAACGGCUGGGACCCGGGCUGCACAAGUGCCAGGAGUUGAGCCUUGGUUGGAAUAAACUGGGAGAUUCAGAAGUGAAACUGGUGUCUGCAGCUCUGAGGAACACAGAGUGUAAAAUACAGAAACUGAGGCUGAGUCGUGUCGGUCUCACAGAUUCUGGUGCCGAGGAUCUCAUCUCUGCUCUCAGUACAAAACCAUCACUGAGGGAGUUGAGCCUGGGAUGGAACUCGCUCACAGACCGAUGGGUCCCUGCCCUCCGCCGCUUCAUACUGACCCUCCCGAGUCUGCAGCGGAUAGAGUUGCUGGGGAAUCAGUUUGGUGAGAAAGGGAGGAACGAACUGAGAGCUCUGCAGGAACCCAGACCUGGAUUGACCGUGCAUCUGUGAACAUCAGAAUGUGUUAACAUCACAGGGUCAGACACAGGGUGAAGCUCCUUCCACACCGUCCCAUCACACAUUCCCGGGGUCAAGCACAGUGUGAAACAACCUCACACCAUCCUGUCACAUACUCCCGGGGACAGACUCAGAGUGAAACUCCCUCCACACCGUCCCAUCACAUACUCCUGGGGAUAGACACGGAAGAGGAUGGGAGUGGGCAGAAACGGGCAGGGGGAUACAAAUGGGAAUCACAACCAUAGCAGUUAACAAUCAAAUUUGAGUUCUAGGCUCGAGAAGUAGCCCAGGAUGAAAUCAAAGUUGAGGAUAAUUUUGGAGAACGGGACUCCACCCCUUCCCGUCAUCUCCCACGGUCCGCAGUCCUCACAGGACGCCGUCCGUUCCCGUCCACUCACACGGACCGUGAUCCCAAAUAAAUUUCACUCUUUCUCAUUCAUUGUCACUAUCGACACUCCCAAUGAGACCACCCCUUCCCAUUCACUCCACUCAUCCGCAUUCCUAAUGGGACGCAUCCCUACUCAUUCGCUUGCAUCGUCCAUACUUCCAAUGGGCCCCGUCCCUUCUCAUUCUGUCCCACUGUUUGCCUGCCUGUGGGCUUCGCCCCUUCCAAUUUACUCCCCACUGUCUGAUCACUCCCAUUCAGUCCUGUCGUCCGAUCUCCCAGUGGGAUCUGACCCUUCCCAUUCACCCCCACUAUCUGCCUCCCAGUGGGACUCCAUUCCGAUUAUUUCCAACGGGAAUGGGAUUAUGGAAAUUGGCGAGAACGCCAGAAUUCAGUAUUUGACCGAACUGGGUGCGGAGUUUACAAAAUUUGACAUUUAUUAGUUACACGGAACGUCGAGGGUGCUGUGGAUGUUGACGGCUUUGUUACACUGACGAUGCUCACCUCCUGGCGGAGACGGCGGAUAGGAUCGGACUGAAGGACCUUCGGCACGUCUUCCUGAAGAUGGCGGGGUUUGGUGGAGCAUGUGAGAGAGGUUUAUGGUUUCCGUGUCCCAAGGCCGGGUGAUUCAUCGCGCCCGGUUCCCGGUGUCCACAUAGCACACAGGAAGUUAUACUUGGCACGGUCCCCGCUCUUCAUAACGUGGCUGGGAGUUUUGCCAGGCACAGUUCCCGAUCUCUGUCUCCACACUGAGAGUUUUACCGCACACGGUGUCGUGUCUCUGUAUCGACACCGGGAAUAUUACCGCACACGUUUCCUGGUGUCUGUAUCCUCCUCUCUCCACGACACUCGGAGUGAUGACGCACAGGAUCCGGAGAUGAGGAAGUCGGAUCGGUCUCUAUUGUUUGCGAUAUAUUUAUUAUUUGUGAUAAACAGUCUGCGCAAUCGAGUGGAGGGUGGUCGAGAGUGUUUGUCUUGCGAGGGGCUCCUGAUUGAAAAUGGUGAAUAGGGAGGGAACGACAGAAGGAUUUAGAAUGUUCACUAGACAGGGAGUGAAAGGUUGACUGAAAAUGGUCUCCGGGGAGACAGUGAUGGGCUGAGUGACAAUGGGCGCCAGGGAGGGGGCGAUGGGCGGAAUUAAGAUUGCCGUGGUCACCACGUUUCUCAGGGCUGACAGGGAGGGAGUUAUACACUGACAAGAGAAUGGGAGUGACAGGCAGAGUUCAAAUGACCGACAGGGUGGGGACUGAAAAUUAUCACCGGGGGUGAUACCGGGAGGAGACAUCGGGAGUUAUGUGCUGAUUAAAAAUAGGUUUCUGGAUUAAAGCCAGAAUAUAAAACUAUCACCCGGGGAGAUUGACGCGCACGUUGAAAAUCGUCACCAGGGAGGAAGGGAGGGCUGCACUGUGAGAAAAUGGACGCCAGAAGGUGACAGGUCAGAGAGAGUGGCUGCCCGACCUGAAAUAGUCCUAGAUUCCUUUGCUAUAAUGGCCUGCAGGGAGAGAGUGAUGGACAGAAUUCAAAUGGCCAACAUUGCUUAAUUUACAUUUGUCAUGA